AUGGCCAACGAUGCGGAGAACAACAAGCUAACAGCAACGGCCCCCGACACAAACCCCGCCACACCUGCCGACGCCGCCCCGACCAGUCCCGCAAAAGAGCCAUCAUCGGCUUCGAGCCCAACGGCAACCACCUUCCCACCGGCUCGGGACGAUGCGCCCGUGAGCACCGCCGCCGCCGCCGCCGUUGUCACCAUUGCCGAGGCAGAGGAGCUCCAACCAGAUGACUCAGAUGAGGUUGACUCCGUUUUUGAUGACGGAGAUUCCGCCAUUGCCAGUCUUCACUCAUCCACCACUUCUCUUCGCGACGAAUUGAUCCUGCAGGUUAAGGAACAUGGCAGGCAAUACCAGGGUUACCUGGAAGCGAAAUAUGUCCUUCCAAUGGACGAGCAAGAGCUAGAACGAUUGGACUUCCAAUGUCACUUGGUCUGGCUCACCCUGGACAAGCAGCACAGCACUGCCCCUAUUCAAAACAUUCAACGGGCCCUGGAUGUGGGAUGUGGCACAGGCAUCUGGGCGAUAGAGUUCGCUGAUGAGCAUCCCGAAGCAGAGGUGCUCGGCGUUGACCUUGCUCCGGUGCAGCCUCAGUGCGUCCCCCCAAACCUCAUCUUUGAAGUCGACGACCUCGAGCAACCGUGGAACUUCACCCAGCGCUUCGACUACAUCCACUGCCAGCUCAUGAUCGGCGCCUUCCAGGACUGGCCCAAAUUCUUCCGCCAGUCUCGCGAGUUCCUUGCCGGCCCCAACAGCUACACCGAGGUUCACGACAUCGACUUCUUCAUCCGCUGUGACGACGGCACCCUCCCUCCCGACUCACCCCUGGCGAAGUGGCACGAGCUGAUGCACGAUGCCGCCAACAAAGCUGGGUUUCCCCUGGACGCCAUCAACAGAGUGCCGGACAUGAUGGCCGAGGCAGGGUACGUGGACAUCGUGGCCAGGCAGGUCAAAUGGCCGAUCAACACAUGGCCUAGAGAUCCAAAGCACAAGGAGCUGGGGAAGUGGGCCCACGAGAAUUUCAGCUGGGGGUGUGAGAGCAUGAGCUUGGCUCUGUUUACCAGGGUGCUUAGAUGGUCGGCGGAUGAGGUGAGGAUCUUUAUGGCCUCGGUCAGAAAAGAUUUGAGGGAUAGGAGGUUGCACGCUUAUUGGAAUUUCUGGGUCGUGUAUGGACGGAGGGGUUAG